AUGAUUUUAUUAGUUCUUUUUUGUUUGACUCUAUAAUAAGCAAUGGCUUAAUGUGCUUCAAAUGAUCCAACAAUUUGCGAUGCAGAAUCAGGUUGUGGUUGGUGGCCUGUAUAAGGAGGUUGUUACGCAUGUUCGGAUUGGUAAUCAGAAGCAGAUUGUUAAGAUAUUUGUGGUUGGUAUAAUUCAUUUUGUACAUAUUGCCCCAGUAUACCAACUGCAUCAUGCAUUCAAUCAGGAUGUGGUCUUUCCACUAGCAGUUAGUGUAUAAAUUGUGGUGGAAUAAAUAGCUUAACUUGCGCUGACUAUAAUGGAUGCUAUCUUAAUAGUGGAAAAUGCUAUACAAAUCGAUAUAGUACUCAACAGAAUUGUUUAACACCUUAUGAAUGGGUUAAUUCAAAAUGUUAAAUUUAUGCUUGUACCUCUUCAAAAAAAUCAAGUUGUUUAUGUGGAACAUCAAACUUAGUGAUAUGUAGUUCAACCUAGGUUUGCGUUGACAUAUUAGCUUCAACUGGAGUAUGUUAAGAAAAAUGUACUUAAAAUUUAAAUUCCAAUUCUUGUAGUUGUGGAGAAGAUUAUGUUGAAUGCAUCUCCACUACUUAUUGUGUGGAUAUUGCAGCUACAUCAGGAUAAUGUAAAUAAGCUUGUUCUGGAUCAACAUUAUCAGAUUGUAUAUGUGGUACUACAAGUAAAUCUUAUUGUGAUUCAACUAAAUAAUGCUAGAGUAAUUCAUGUGUAACUCUAGCGACAAAUUGUGGAUCUGCUUUUGAAGCAAGUUGUUCAUGCGGAAGCUCAACAAAAUAAAGCUGUACUUCAACAACAUUUUGUGUUGAUCCAAGUGCUUCCUCUGGAGUAUGUAAAUAAGCUUGUUCAGGAUCUACAACAUCGGAUUGUAUAUGUGGUACUACAAGUAAAUCUUAUUGUGAUUCAACUAAAUAAUGCUAGAGUAAUUCAUGUGUGACUCUAGCGGCAAAUUGUGGAUCUACCUUUGAAGCAAGUUGUUCAUGUGGAAGCUCAACAAAAUAAAGCUGUACUUCAACAACCUUUUGUGUUGAUCCAAGUGCUUCCUCUGGAGUAUGUAAAUAAGCUUGUUCAGGAUCUACAACAUCGGAUUGUAUUUGUGGAUCUUCAAGUAAAUCUUAUUGUGAUUCAACUAAAUAAUGUUAAAGUGAUGCAUGUGUAUCAAUUAUAAAUUGUUCAUCAAUCAAUUAAAGCAAUUGUGCUUGUGGAAUCUCAAUAAAAUAAUAAUGUAGUUCCAAUACUUAUUGCAAAGAUCCAAGUGCAGCAAAUGGAAUUUGUGUUAAUAAAUGCUAAGGCUCAACAGUUAAUGAUUGUAUCUGUGGAUCAACAACUCUAUCAUAUUGUAAUUCAACACAGAGAUGUGAAGAUCAAAUGGCAAGUUCAGGUAAUUGUUUGAAUAUAUGUACUACCAAUUUUUAAAGUAAUUGUUCUUGUGGAUAAAAUCAAUUUAGCAAUUGUAAUAAUUCUAAAUAUUGUUUGAAUGCUUCAGCUACUUCUGGAUAAUGUUAUGAUAUUUGUACAAAUAAUAUUAAAUCAUCUUGUAUUUGUGGAACAAUUACAAAAUAAGGUUGUUCUAAUUAAUAAACAUGUGCAGAUCCAAGUGCAAGUACUGGUUAAUGUAUAACAAUACCAAAUUGUAUUAAUAAUUUUGAUAAUUCUUGUUAAUGUGGAACAACUUAGAUUUCUGUUUGUUCUGAAUCUACUUACUGUACUAAUGUAAGUGAUUCAACAGGAGUUUGCUUAUAAUAUUGUAAUCAAAAUUAAAAAUCUAAUUGUAUUUGUGGUUCAAUUAAUAAAAUAGCCUGUUCUAAAACUUAAGUAUGUUAGAAUCCUGAUGAUUAAAAUGGAAAUUGUAAAGAAAAAUGUCAAAAUAAUUUAUAAACAAAUUGUUUAUGUGGUAAUUCAGUAACUCCUUUUUGUAGUGUAAAUGAACAUUGCCUUGAUAUUAAAUAACUUACAGGUACUUGCGUAUAAUAAUGUAAUUAAUUCUAAAAUAAUUGUGUUUGUGGAACAUCAUUAUAUUCAUAUUGUUCAUCUACAACAUAUUGUUCAUCAAAACAAUAAGGAAUUUGUUUAGAAUACUGUUCUAGUUAUUAAUAAUCAAAUUGUAUAUGUGGAAAUAAGGUAAAAUAGGUUUGUUCAAAUGGUGAAAAAUGUGUUGAUCCAUAUGCAGAUAAUGGAAUUUGUAAUUUAGGUAUUUGUACAUCAUAAUUUUAAUCAAAUUGUACAUGUGGUUUCACUAAUCAAGCACAUUGCAAAUAGAAUUCAUAUUGUUUAGAUUUUGGAGCACUUAAUGGUAUAUGUUUGGAAAAAUGUCAAUAAAAUUAAAAUAAUUGUUUAUGUGGAAUAGAUUCUGUUGACAUAUGUUUUUCAUCUACAUAUUGUUUACUAUAAUCCAAAGGUGUUUGUAUGUAACAAUGUACUUCAAUAAAUAAUCAAAAUUGUUUGAUAUUAUCUGAAAAUUAAGCUUGCCUUGANAAGCUGUACUUCAACAACCUUUUGUGUUGAUCCAAGUGCUUCCUCUGGAGUAUGUAAAUAAGCUUGUUCAGGAUCUACAACAUCGGAUUGUAUUUGUGGAUCUUCAAGUAAAUCUUAUUGUGAUUCAACUAAAUAAUGUUAAAGUGAUGCAUGUGUAUCAAUUAUAAAUUGUUCAUCAAUCAAUUAAAGCAAUUGUGCUUGUGGAAUCUCAAUAAAAUAAUAAUGUAGUUCCAAUACUUAUUGCAAAGAUCCAAGUGCAGCAAAUGGAAUUUGUGUUAAUAAAUGCUAAGGCUCAACAGUUAAUGAUUGUAUCUGUGGAUCAACAACUCUAUCAUAUUGUAAUUCAACACAGAGAUGUGAAGAUCAAAUGGCAAGUUCAGGUAAUUGUUUGAAUAUAUGUACUACCAAUUUUUAAAAUAAUUGUUCUUGUGGAUAAAAUCAAUUUAUUAAUUGUAAUAAUUCUAAAUAUUGUUUGAAUGCUUCAGCUACUUCUGGAUAAUGUUAUAAUAAUUGUACUAAUAGUAUUAGAUCAUCUUGUAUUUGUGGAACAGUUUCAAAAUAAGGUUGUUCUAAUUAAUAAACAUGUGCAGAUCCAAGUGCAAGUACUGGUAAUUGUAUAACAAUACCAAAUUGUAUUAAUAAUUUUGAUAAUUCUUGUUAAUGUGGAACAACUUAGAUUUCUGUUUGUUCUGAAUCUACUUACUGUACUAAUGUAAGUGAUUCAACAGGAGUUUGCUUAUAAUAUUGUAAUCAAAAUUAAAAAUCUAAUUGUAUUUGUGGUUCAAUUAAUAAAAUAGCCUGUUCUAAAACUUAAGUAUGUUAGAAUCCUAAUGAUUAAAAUGGAAAUUGUAUAGAAAAAUGUCAAAAUAAUUUAUAAACAAAUUGUUUAUGUGGUAAUUCAGUAACUCCUUUUUGUAGUGUUAAUGAACAUUGCCAUGAUUUUAAAUAACUUACAGGUACUUGUAUAUAAUAAUGUGAUGAAUUCUAAAGUAAUUGUGUUUGUGGAACAUCAUUAUAUUCAUAAUGCUCAUCUACAACUUAUUGUUCAUCAAAAUAAGAAGGAAUUUGUUUAGAAUAGUGUUCUAGUUAUUAAUAAUCAAAUUGUAUAUGUGGAAAUAAGAUAAAAUAGGUUUGUUCAAAUGGUGAAAAAUGUGUUGAUCCAUAUGCAGAUAAUGGAAUUUGUAAUUUAGGUACUUGUACAUCAUAAUUUUAAUCAAAUUGUACUUGUGGUUUCACUAAUCAAGCACAUUGCAAAUAGAAUUAAUAUUGCAUAGGCUUUUUAUCAUUUAAAGGAAAAUGUUUGGAAAAAUGUCAAUAAUAUUAAAAUAAUUGUAUAUGUGGAAUUGAUUCCAUCGAAAUUUGCUAAUCAUCUAAAUAUUGUUUAUUGUAACCAAAAGGUGUUUGUAUGUAAUAAUGUACUUCUGUAAAUAAUCAAAAUUGUUUGAUAUUAUCUGAAAAUUAAGCUUGCCUUGAUUAAUUUAAUACUGUGUAUAAUGAUGUGACUGGAAUAUGUGUACCAACUUGCAAAGAAAAUGGUGAAACAAAUUGUUAUUGUGGAAGUACAGAAAAAGGUGUAGAUCAGAAGUUAAUUUGCUAAUCUGGUUUUAAAUGCUAAAAUCUUGAAACAUAAUAAAGUGGUUGUGUUUAAAAAUGUACAAGCAACAAGACAUCAAAUUGUUAUUGCGGAUAAGAAAAGUCCUAGUAUUGUCAUGAAAAUUAGACAUGUUCAGAUCCAAAUCAACAAGUAGGCUUAUGCAAAUAGUAUUUAGAACUUUUAAAAGUAGAUUAUUCCAGAAUAAUCAAUCUAGGGCUAUUUGCAAUAAUUUGCCUAUUCAAUAUUAUCUGAG